GGAGGCGGGAACGGGACAGUUGCUUUCUUCAUUGAAUAAUCUAAAUAAUUAAUACGAAGUGGUGUUUUGUGGUUAAUGAUCGCAUUAAGUUAGUCGGAAGACAUUCGCGAGUGUUAUUAUAUUGGAGUAUUCAAUAAACAAAGUGUAUCUGCCUAUUUUCGCUUCGUGUCAGGAAGCCGCUUCAUAACUCAAAAGUUUAUGCGGACUUUUGAGUUAAUUCGUUUGGGGUUCGGAGUAGGAGUCUACUCCGAGGGUGGGGGCUUAGGUUUCAUCAUCAUCACCUUUCAUCAUUUCAUUAAUCAUCAAGAAAAAAAAUACGUCAGACAUGGCUGUAUGGGCAUAGUUCCCUUUGCCUUACCCUUCGGGGAAAACCAAACCAAAAAAAAAAAAAAAAAAAUGGCAGCUGUGUGAUGUUUUGGUUUAUACACUACAUAAUUCUUCCCAAAAAAUAUUAUCCAAUGCUGUGUAAUCUUAACAAAGGAAAAGCCAUAUUCUUGUUAAUAGUAUAAAUAAAUAGUGAACGCAAUGAGUGAAUAUGUAAUAUAAGAGUUCGAUGUGCUCGCAGGGUUCGGAAUAUGUUUUUCGUAGAUGAUAGCGGUCGGAGGUGGGUGUAAGAUGCCGUGCGAAAGCUGUGGUGUACAGUUCAGCGUGUUUCGGCGCAAGCGGGCCUGCUCGGAGUGUGAGCGGCUGUACUGCGCCGCGUGCCUGCGCCGCGGUGGCGGUAUGUGCGCGCCGUGCCGUGCGCUCUCCACCCGCCCGUUGGCGCGCCAGGCCAUCACGCACCUCAAGGCCCGCGACCUGCAGUGCUUCCUGCAGCGCCAGAAUGUAUCCACACGCGGCUGUGUCGAAAAAGACGAAUUGGUGUCGCUAUGCGUGUCGCACGUGAACAGCGCGGCGUACCGGCGGCGCGGCGCGCGCGGCGCGGGCGCGGGCGGCGCCUUCACGUCGCUCAAGGGCUUCACCAGCAACAUCAACGAGCUGCUCAACUCCGCCUUCGACCUGCGGCCCGCCGCGCAGCCGCAGCCGCCGCCCCCGCCCCCGCCCCGCGGUGGCAGCUGCUUCAACACGGCGCACGCGCACGCGCCCGCGCCACCGCCGCAGCCGCCGCGGCGCGAGCGUUUCACCAUUAACCCAGGAGGCGAGCCGGAGCUGGUGGUGCCGGUGCCGGGGGCGGGGGCGGCGGCGGGCGAGGGGGGCUUAGUGUCGCGCAGCGCGUCGGCGGGCAGCGCGCGCGUGGACAGCGCCGACUGCUUCGAGGUGGAGGACCUGGACGACGCCGGCUGGGAGUUCGUCAAGCGGCCCGCGGACCCGCUGCCCGGAGAUUCAGAAGUGCUGAUGACGGAGAACUCGGCAAGCCCGGGGCAAAGCCGCGCGAGCAGCCCGCCGAGCACGGGCGGGCCGCGGCCGCCGCCGGCGGGGCCGGGGGCGGAGGCCGAGGGGGGCACGCCCCGCCGCGCCGCGUCGGAGCUGGAGCUGCACCGCUCGGAGUCGGCGCACACGCCCGACUCCAGCAGCCUGCAGGACGAGCCGCUCAUGGACGACCCUGAGUGCAGCGCGGGCCCCGAGCCGGUGUCGCUGUCGCUGGUGUCGCGCGAGGCGGAGCUGGAGGCGCUGUCCGUGAAGCAGCUGAAGGAGCUGCUGGCGCGCAACCGCGUGGAGUACCGCGGCUGCCUGGAGCGGGCCGACCUGCUGGAGCGCGCGCGCACGCUCUACCGCGACCACCACAAGUAUAAAGACGACGUGGACAGCCUGCCGCUGGAGGAGUGCUGCAAGAUCUGCAUGGCGGCGCGGCUGGAGUGCGUGCUGCUGGAGUGCGGGCACAUCGCGGCGUGCACGCAGUGCGCCCGCCAGCUGGCCGAGUGCCCCAUCUGCCGGCGCUACGUGGUGCGCGCCGUGCGCUUCUUCCGCUCCUAGGGCGCGCGCGCACGCCAACUACGCCGACUGUUCGAUCUGCCUUCCACCAACUACACAUUGUUUAACCUAAUGCAGUUUUUUUAACGAAGAACUUGUCAACAAUCUUGAUAGAAAAUUUAGGAGUAAAUAUUACACUGCUCCGCGGCCCUCCCAGUGACCCUGCCGCCGCCCCUGACAGGGACACGCCAGAAGUACAUUGAUGGUGUUGAUGUGCAUACGGUCAUAUGUUUUCAUCGACGAACUCUACAUGGUCAUCUAAUGUUUAUUCGCUUUAGCAACCAUUUCAUGUUUUAUCCAUUAGGUGUUAAUUUACACGUACACCGCACAUUGUUCAUUCAUCACGCCGGUCAUUGUAAAUAAGUGUAUGAUUACAGUGGACACGCUCGUGUUGUGUCGUAGCGGCCACUGCGCGAACUGCGAGUACUGCAGCUCGUUACAUCUCGUACAAAGAUAAACAGCGAGUGAACAACACAAACAGUAACUCGUAGAACGCACAGUCAAAAAAGCACCAGACACAACACGUACACUUGGCUUGACACAGCGCGCACCGUGGCCGUAAUUAUCGUCGCUCACAGUUGGCGGCAGCAGGACAAGUCAUGGCGGCCGAGUCUUAAAUUUAUAGAUAUAUUUAGUAGUGCGCUAGACAACGGGCUGUGUAACAUUAAUGUUAUUUUUGUACGUGUAUUGUAAGCAAUGGUGCGUAUCGCAUCGAUUGAUAGUGCGCACACGCAAGUAUUGGUUACGCCUAUAUUGUUAUUACGCCUUUAUAGAUUUCGGUAGAUAUUGGUUUUAGUAUUUAGAUAUAUGGUAUACUUGUACAGAGCUAUGUCACAAAUGUGGGCCCAGCCCGAUGGUGCGACGCACCGCCUCCGUCUGCGGUCUCGAUAAUAUUCUAUAUUUAGGCUGAAUUUAAAAACUGAAAUCAUCAAUUGUCUUCGCAUAAAAUUCUAUAAAAUGCUGUUAUCUUAAAUGUUGUACAUAAAAUAGUCAUUCGUAUUUUUGUAUGUAAUCAUUAUUUUUAAUGGACUACCUGUAAUAAACGCCACUCGGCAUUCGAUUUAUCAAGUUAUACUAAAAAAUAAUGUACAUUUCAAUACUGUUCCAUUCCAAGCUAUAUACCUUCUGAUCAACAUAAUAUUGAAUCAAUGUAUUUAAUGUCUACUAGGGACUGUAACGGGAGGUACGCUCCGCUGCGCGCGCAGCAGCGGACGAAGAAAUGGUAAAAAUCGCAAUGCCAUGAGUGAUGUAAAUAAAUAUGACACCAAACUUGUUGUCAUUACAA